UUGCCGACUUAUUGCGAACACCCGUUUUGGAGUUCCAGGAGUACCGAUUUGGAGGCUGGAGCCAAAAAUCCUGCAACAGUGCUUCGAAUUUCGUUGUUACUUGGCGCCAUUAUCAGAAACUGCCGUAGAGAAGGACAUCCAGGAAGAGGUAAUACGUAUGUCGCUGGUGCGACAGUCGUAUUGUAUUCCGAAGCUACGAAUGAAAAAAACGUGUAUUAUCAGACGCUUCGUAGCUUGUCAGCGCAGUUUACCAAAAGAAAUCGUCAAUCUCGACCUUCUACACAUGCUGGAUUAGAUUACUUUAAAUUACUUUCCCUUCUUCGAUACGAUGAUCCAGAAAGAAAAUGCUACGGAUGCAUAAUAACCUGCGCGGUCAUGAGACUAAUACACCUCAACUACUUUGGCGUUUCCUCACGCGACUUGUGCUUCUCAUUUCUAUUACUAGCUAUAAUACUCCGUUAUUCACGCUUGGGUAAGCUAUUCUUCAAGGAUGCCGACGGUCUGUCUGAAAUGACAUCACAUCAGAAGAGAGAUAGCAAAUUGGGAAAUUCUGUGGAAGCGUAUGACUACGCUUGCUGCACGGCGAGAGGCGCUUAUGAGAGACUGAUCAAACCAGUUAAGCGUCUGCCUUAUAAGUCACUGAGUGACGCUGAGUUUUGCUACAGACUUUUGUCCACCCGACAUCGAGAUAACCAUCGGUACCAGAUCGCUUAUAUACGCGGAACCAGGCUCACCGGUUUGCAGUCGUCACUUUUGACCGGGAAUGCUGGCCAGUUGGAGGCACUUGGGUACAAUAAAAAGAAGAAAGCGGCAAAGUUCACUAUAUUCAAGAGAGGAACAAGGAACAAUUUGCCAUUGCGGGAGCCAAGACGAGAACACAGAUAUGGUGGUCGUCCGAUAGAGUUGAUUCAGUUGUUGGCAAUCUAUGCAUAG